AGCAGCUCAUAAAGGCUUGAAAUUCUGUUUUGGAAAAGAUCGGACUUUAUUCUCAGGCAUUAAGAGAGUGCACAGCCGUACCUGCUCUCAGACCACACUGAGCACGUGCGGAGAGAGAGAGAGCGAGCAAGAGAGAGAGAGAGAUGGAGCUCAGAACCAUGCUUUUGUCCCUGCUACUGGUGCCCGGGGUUGUGUGCUAUGCAGGUAAAACCCAGGACUGGAGCCCUCUGUACAAACACACACCUGCGAGCCGUAGUCAAGAGGAUGCCUCACUCCGUUCCGGCAUUUUCAAGGAGGCUAAGAAACCAAAGACUCGGGCCAUCAGCAUCCUAGACUCAGACCAAGGCCCUGCCCACCUGCAGGCAGACGAACCUGAAAGCACCCCAGCAGCUGUUAACAAGGACGAUGCAGAGCUGCCCACAUGCCUGAUGUGCGUGUGCCUGACGGGGUCGGUCUACUGUGAGGAGGUUCUGCCAGACAUGACGGCUGUGCCCCCUUUGCCCAAGGAAACUGCCUACCUCUAUGCCCGCUACAACAAGAUCACCAAGAUCACCAACAAAGACUUUGCUGACAUCACAACACUGAAGAGGAUUGAUCUGACAGGAAACCUCAUCUCAGAGAUUGAGGACGGAGCAUUCUCCAAGCUCCUCCUGCUGGAAGAGCUGACACUGGCAGAAAACAGGCUGGUUAAGCUGCCCAUGCUGCCCUCCACGCUCACCACCUUCAAUGCCAACAACAACCAGCUCAAAACCAAGGGGGUGAAGGCCAACGCUUUCAAGAAGCUUACCAAGCUGGCCUACCUGUACCUGGCCGACAACGAGCUGGAGGCCGUACCACACCUUCCCGAGAGUCUUCGUGUGGUACAUCUGCAGAACAAUAACAUCACGUCCAUAAAUGACAUGACCUUCUGCAAAGGGAACACUACACGCUACCUGCGCACCAACAUGAAUGUGAUCCGACUGGACGGGAACCCCGUGGGUCUCGGGAUGUACCCCAACAGCUUCAUCUGCCUGCGGUCACUGCCUAUUGGACGGUACUACUAAGCCAGUGCUGUGUACAUUAGGAGGGCUAACAGCUAAGGCCACCUGCCAGCACCAUGUCCUGCUGUGAUAUUCGCAAACAGAAAAGGUCAAAGUAUUUUCAGCAGAGGUUACUUCUGGUCAGAACUGACAUUUUUAUUUCUGGCUGUUGGGACUUACAUUUUGUAAGCAUACACUUCAUACGCUCUAUAAGCAUACACUUCAUACAUUCUGUAAGCAUACACUUCAUACACUCUGUCCACUUCAUACGUCAUGUAAGCAUACACUACAUAUGCUCUGUAAGCAUACAAUUAAUAUUCCCUGUAAGCACUCACUUCAUACACUCUAAGCAUACACUUCAUACACACUGUGAGCACACACUUCAUAUACUGUGAGCACACACUUCAUAUACUCUGUGAGCACACACUUCAUACACUCUGUGAGCAUACACUUCGUACACACUGUAGAUACCAGGGGGCAUCUGGUUCAACUGCAAAGUCUAAAACUGCAGUUUGAGUUUCUUUUAGCAUUUUACACAAUUGAAUGAGCCUCAGAGUCUAAAACUGUGGUAUCAUUACAGUCAUAUCACCACCAAGUCAUGAUGUCAGAUUCAUAUCUUUGUGCCGAUGGUGGAAACAGAGUUCAGGGUAGAGACAGUAUUAGAAAGAGAAAUCAUGUCCCAAACGCUACCGCCCUGAACACACAGAGUUUAACUCUGAAUUUCCCACAAUUCUGUGAAUUACCUUAAUUUCAACUGUUUUUAAUGUUAAAAGCAAAUGUAACAAGUAAUAAUGUGCAAAAAUUCAGUCUAUGUUCUGUGCAGUAAUCAAUAAAGUACAGCAAUGUUGACCUUACCUAUGAGAUAGUUUACAUUUGAAAUGGAUAGAGUAGUAUAAUCAAUACUAUAUCCUUUCCAUAUGAGUAUGUACCAUAAGUCACAAAAUGACUUCAAAUAAUAACAGCAAUAUUUCUUAGAAUUUUUACUUUUCUGAACCAAUGAAC